AUGGAGUUUGAAAAAGUCAAGGACCUGCCCUGUGGAGAAACGCAUGACUUUACUGUAAAGUUUGAUCCCAAAGAAGCUAAACUUCCUCUGGGCAGUGUGUGUGUUGUCCUGCCCAUACAGAUCAAGGCAGUCCAGCUCUUCAAUCAUGAGUGUGUGCCCUGCCAAUGGAGCAUGGCUGAAGAAGUGAAGUUGAAGAAGGUAAAUAAGUUUCUUCCUUUCUCCAAGCAAAAGCAACAGCGUCCACCAGUGGUAUUUGAGAUGGUACCCAGCUCUGGGGUGCUGUCUCCUGGCGAGAGGGUCAAUGUUCUGGUCAAAUUUACGCCAUUAGAAGAGAUACUCCGGCUGAUGCAAGGUUAUGAUGAAAACAACAAAUUACUACUUCCCCCAAGAAUCCCUGGCGAAGGACUCCCUCAAGAACUGCUAGACUUCUAUCAGCAUCAUGCCUCAGACUUCACAAACAAUGGCAUUUUGGGGAAAUACAAUUACACAGAGUGUGAUAAGCAGAUGUUGCAAACUGGCAAUAUAGGAUAUAAGAAAGCCUCUACAGCUCUGGAGAAAGCUGAAAUUUUGCUUUCAGAAAUUAACAAGGGGUUACAUAAAGAACUAGGUCAACUUCAGUUGGACCCAGUCUCCAGAGCCAUCACCCGCCACAUGGGUCUUGACCUAUCUCCAGAGAGUCUGGCUGCACUCAACCGGAGGGGUAUCGCUAUUAUUGUGUAUGGAGCUCCAAAGACAGAUAUAGGGAGCACAGCAGUGUCUCUGGCCCAGUACUACGGUGCAAUGUUACUAAAGGCUCAGCAGCAGGACAUGGCUAAACAUGAAAAACUGUGGCUUCAGGAGUUGGAUGAGGAUGAGUAUGAUGCUUUGCCAGAGGAGAAGAAACACAUAAUUGAGCAGCACAGACUGAGGCUUGCAAAAGACCAAAUAAGAAUAAGAAUAUCCAAGGAGCAAGAGCAGCAGAGGCAGCUGGAGGACUCAAAACGGCACGUCGAGGAGCAGAAGAAAAAUUAUAAAAAAGGCUUAAAGAAGGACCCUUCAAAAAAAGAACCUAAUGAAAUAGCUAAUCAACUAAUGUCACGACAGAACUCCAAAGAGACACUUGGCGAAAACAAACUUGUGAAAACGUUCAAAGAUGGCCCAAACAACUACGCUAAUCACGAUCAAACAGAAGAGACAAAAGAAUCUCCUAUAAAUGCUGAAAAGCUGGACAUAUACAAGUUGUCAGUAGAUGAGUUACAGACUGAGUUCAUUGCAUUCGAGCAAAGUCAAGUGCAGGUGGAGCACAUUCUACAGCACUGGGACCGUGUCCAGGGCGUCCUGCUGGUGCCCUUCCCAGUAGACGACCUGCCAGGAGAUGAAGAAGGCAUGCCUGAAAAAAUAACCCCUGUAGGAAAAGGCAAGGGCAAGAAAGCUAAUUACAAAGUUUCGAAAUACAGUCAGAUUGAAAAUACGGAAGAGAAAUUGUGUCCAACUGAUGUCAUACCACAUAUUGUGGUAAACGCCAUGGAGAAAGACUGCACUGUUUUCCCAAAGCCUUUGCCUUCACUAGAAGAGGAGUUAAAGUUAUGGGCCUAUCCAACUAAAGUGGGACAAAUAAAGGACAGCAUCGUGUGUCAUAUUAAAGAUAACAAUGAGCCGGUGGUUAUUGAUGUUUCAUGCUGGGGAGUUCGGCCAGAGUUGGAGCUCGAUACCAAAAGUCUGCCCUUCGACAAAACUAUUAUACACAGACGUGUCAGUCGGACACUGAACAUGCACAAUAAAACCGCCGUCCACGUGUCCUGGAGGUUGCAGGGGAUAGACGACCUCGGGGACUCGUUCAUUGUGCCACAAGACCAGGGCAUUGUCCCACCGUAUUCAACGUUUCCUUUAACUUUGCACUUUCGAGCAAAAAAGCCGUUACACACUAAAAAGACAGUCCGCCUUGAGGUUUCAGAUGUGGAGAAAAUUUUGGGCAUUGUUCAUACUGAGAAUAUUACCGUGUCAGCUGAGGCCUAUGAUGUAUCAAUCAAUAUUGAACCAGAUUCCCUGGAUUUUGGAACCAUGAAAGUCUUUAGUGAUGCCAAGACAACACUCAAGAUACAAAACCAUGGAAAAUAUGAAAUAGCGUACCGUUUUACGCUUGAUACGACGAAUCCAAAACUACCAAAUGUAGAUUCACUUUUCUGCAUUUCACCCCAAAGUGGAAAAGUUAUGCCUCAUGACAAGUCAGUAGCUGUCCAGAUAAUCUGCAAACCAAAGACAGAUAUCCGCAUCAAAGAGAAACCAAUACUUCACUGUCAUGUUAUUGAACCUAAUAUUGGAGAAAGAGGUGAAACUAUUGUCACUUUCGUAACCAAGGUUUCAAUUCAAGCAGUCUUCUCAAGGUACAGAAUCACUCCAACCUGUGACAUUAACUUUGGUCCCCUCAUUUUUGGAGGCAAGAAAACUAAGCCGUUCAUUAUUGAGAACACUGGAGUGUUUGAGACUCGCUUUUCGAUCUCCUGCAUGAUUGCACAGUCCCCUGAGAGGGGUAAGAAGCCGCCCUUGGACUUAACAAACAGACACAAUGCUGUUGGUGGCAAAGUGAAACCUGAGUAUAUGCAAAAAGAUAUGUGCAUAGCACAGACACGGCUGACGGCGGGGGUGUUCUCUGUGUACCCCUGCACUGCAGUGGUGCUGCCUGGCUCCCAGCAGGUGGUCACUGUUGAAUGUAGCGGGGAUGAGUUGGGAAGCUUUGACCAGGGAUUGAUCAUAGACAUAUGUGACCGUGACCCCUCAGACCAUCCUGAUGGAAUACCAUACAAACUACUGGCUGAAGUAUACAAGACAGCUCAACUUCAGAUUGAUAUGCCUGACAAAGAUGGAGUGUUUACUCUCAAUGCAGCCCCGGGUAAUGAUUGCUGUUCUAUCAGCACUGUAAUCCUUGAGAGUAGCGCUGAUGCAGAACCUCAGUCUGCUUAUAGAACCCUUGCCCAUCUAAAUGUUAAGGAGAAAGUUGAGUUCGAAGUUAGCUUUUGUUCCACAAAGGACCAAAAAUGUCAUACCAAUGUGUAUAUCAAGGAUUGCCAAUACAUCGACCUGAUCAUAUCUGUCACUGGAGAGGCCAGCAAAGAAAUCGUCUCGCUGGAAAAUAUCACAAGACCGUUACUUGAAACUGAUCAAAUUGCCAAGAAUGGAACUUACGAAAUGGAUUUUGGUGACUGCCAUGUGAAUGCGACAUACCAAGAAAGCUUCACUAUGGUAAACCACAGCAGAGACAAAGGGCUGAGGUUUGAAUGGGCUCUUCCUGCACCACAAGUCAGAUUUUCUCCACAGGAGGGCUAUGUUCACCCCGGAUGCUCUGUGGAGGUGGUCGUCUCAUUCUGCUCCAGCCAGCCCAUCACGCUGACCAGUAAGCCGAUGAAAUGUAAACUGACUCAAGUAGUGUUCAAAGAGCCUCUGGAGCUCUGUGAUGACCAGCAGAAGACACCGCUGUUGUGUGCCACACCAUCACCACUGCCUGCAAACAAAGUUAUAAAAUUGGCACCAGACCCAAGCUAUUCUGUGGUUGAUGGCUGGCAUUUGGACCUCGAAUUGAGAGUCAGUGCGGUAUGCGACUUUGCCAAGUUUAGUUUCAGCAACGGCAUUGUCAAAUUCGAAGACACAAUGCUUUAUCAAACCAGUCUACAAAGUUUGCUGAUAUCGAACGAGGGCAACGUUGGGUUGGCAUUUUCGUGGACAGUUGAUUACGCACAUAUCGCAGACGAGACAGUCACAAAUGGUUCGAGCUCUGGAUCCUCAAACGCUGAGACUCGUCCUUCCAGUACUACCGCGAGUGUGUCUCCCAGUUUGAAGGCACCAUUAAAUGCAGUAUACAAAACUUGCAGAAAAAGGAUCAGCCUCCCUCUGUCUCAGUGUUGCGGUCGCAGCAUGAUGCCAAACUACCACUUUGACCUUGAGGACUCAGACUACAUCAGAGGAGGGCGUCGAAAUUUUGAGUCUAAAAUUCCCAUCGACUCCCAGACAAGAGUUGUUGAAUUCAUUGCUGUUGGUUUAGCUAAAAAAUCAACAAGAAGUUUCUUUGUGUUGAACCCAACCAAUAUAUCCUACUCCUUUAAGUGGAGAUGUGAGGAUACAAGUGAAAGCUCAUUCCAAUGCCUCACUCCCAGUGGAAUUCUUCAGCCCAAGGAGAAAGCAGAGAUUCGUUUGGCAUUCGUGUCUGAGCAGAUGGAUAUUGUGGAAUCGCUAUGGAGCUUUGUGAUUGAUGCUCUAUCAGUGUCCGUUCCAUUUCUGUUUGUUGGAAUUACCAGAGCACCACGUGUCUAUCUUGAGAAAGCCCUGAUCAACUUUAAGAGUUUGCUUGUUGAAAAUGAGGCAGAGGAAACAGUACAUUUAUUUAAUGGAGAGGAUGAGUCUUUCGACUUCUCAGUUUUGCAGCAGUCUCUUGUAUGUGAUGAUAAGCUUUCCAGCCUCGCUGUGCAGCCCAUGAGUGGCUUUCUACGGCCAGAGCUCAGACCUAACCACGUUGACAGCCUUGAGUUUCAAAAGGUUGGGAUUUCAGAGCAAUCCUCUUUCCUCUUCCUGAUUUGUAACCUUCAAGAUGUUAGACUGAGUAUCAAGGUGAAGAAUGGAGCCUCUUUUACGAUAGAUGUAAAAGGUCAAGGGACUGCGCCAAGCCUUAACUUUUCAUUCACCAAACACAAUUUUGGAAAGUGCUUGGUUCGCAGCCCAGGGAUGUUCUCGCACUCGCCAUCAAUAACACUAGUGAUCACCAAUAAAGGCAAAAGGAAAGUCAGUAUCCAAUGCCUGUUUGAGAACACUUCUUACCUACAUGUAGAAAUUGGCUUCCAAUCCAGCAUUUUAGCCUCAGUUGCAGACUUGAAAAUUCCCAUCACAUUUUGUCCCCAAGAGGAAUGCUGCUACAAGGAAAAGCUGGACUUUGUCCUUAACAGCGGCAUCACCAGACAAGUGGAUAUUCUCGGACAGGGCAUAGAAUUAAAGCUGGAAGUACAAGACCCAAAACACAAAGUAAUCGACUUUAGAUCACUGACACUUGGCAAGAAAGUAAAAAAAGCUGUUGUUUUGGUCAACCGCAGCUCAGUCAACCUUUCGUUUUCUCUUCAUCUCAACUCAGACCCUCCAUUGAACCCUCAGGAUCUUUUUGUUACUCCAAUUGGACAACUUAGCCUAAAAGCAGGCAAAUCAUGCGUUGUGGAAGUCCACUUCCAUCCCAGACAGCAUGUUUUUACUGUGGAGAUGCAGGCUGAAACAAGAGGCUUGUUACACCCCCUGCUGUCCAUCAGAGGGUCGUGUCAGGGUGUAGAGGUUCACUUGGAUCAGAACAAUCUUGCAUUUGGGCCUUUAGUUCAAAAUUGUAAAACCAGCAAAAAGAUUGCCAUGAUGAACACUGGUGAGAUCAGUGCGAAGUUUUUGCAGCUCUGUGAUGAUUGUAGAUUCGAGAAUUUGCCUUGUAUUGUGGAGGGUCGCAGCUCACCCUUAACUCUUACUGUUACUGGCUCCUGUGUAAUGGCCUCUGACAAAGAGGUGGUAAACUUCAUCUGCCCAGUGCGUAGCUCUCACACCCAGAAGCUCUCAGUACUGAACCCUACCAACCAGAGCUGCACUGUCAAACCUGUGAUUGAGGGGGAGCAGUGGAGAGGUGCCCCAGUCAUAGUACUCGAACCGCUUCAGAAUAUGAUGUUUGAAAUCACAUAUUGCCCUCUCACUAUGACUACUGACAGGAAAAAACACCUGGGGUCUGUGUUUUUCUCCUUUGUCGAUGGAACUGGCCUCCUCUAUUCCCUCCAGGGAACAGCUGAAGCACCAAAGACUGGGGACACUAUUGUGCUCGAGCUGCCUGCCAAAACUCAUCACACAGAGCUCCUUCCAGUGCACAACUGGCUUCUGAAACAACAACAAUUUUGUGUUCGGUUGGAGUUUCUUAAGCCAGACAAGCCUGAUGCUACAGUGUCCCUCAGUGGACUGGACGUCAUAGAUGUUCCUGCUUUGACCAAAAAAGACUACAAAUUGUCCUUUCACGCAUAUAAGACGGGUCAAUACAAAAUCAAGGUGACAUUUCAUAAUGAAGAAUCUGGAGAAUAUCUGUUUUACCUCAUCACUUUCAAGAUCACGUCUUCAGUCCACGUUCAGUCCACUAUAGAGCUGGUGGUGACAUUUCAUAAUGAAGAAUCUGGAGAAUAUCUGUUUUACCUCAUCAUUUUCAAGAUCACGUCUUCAGUCCACGUUCAGUCCACUAUAGAGCUGGUGACUACUGUUCGCCAACCAGUUUCAGCGACAGUCCACACAGAGAACCCGCUUCCCACAAAUGUGUGUCUUACCACGGAGUGUAAAUGUGCUGAUAUCAGUGUGCCUCUCCACCACACUGUCCCGGGACACUCCAAAGAUUCACUGACCUUUGAGUACCUGCCUUUGCAUGUGGUCACAUCAGUCACUGUCAAGUUUACCAACUUUUCCCGCACCAGGACCGAAUACUCUUGCAAGACCGAUUAUCCAGAUUUCCUUGUUGACAAGAAGGUGACUGCAGCGGCGGGGUUGCAGUCAGGCUCCGAGACCAGUGUUGAUGUGUGUUUUGAGCCUCACCAGCUGGGAGAGGUGAAAACCCAACUGACACUACACUCUCCUGCUGGAGGUGAAUACAUAUUUCCACUACAUGGAGUGUGUGACGACCCCAAACCACAGGGACCCUUCUACAUUGCUGCAGGACAAAUUGUACAUAUUCCCUUCAAAAAUGUGUUUUUGCAAAACACUAUAUUUACUUAUAAGGUGAAUAACCCAUCAUUUACAGUGAAAGGACCAGAGACAAUAAGAUCCAAAAGUACAGAGAAGGUCCUGGUGUCCUUUGGGUCUCCACCAGAAGGUGGUUCUGGGUCAUGGUUUGGCAGGUUGACCAUCUCAAGUGAGCCCUCUGAUGUCCACACCAAGUCCUGCUCUUGGACAUUCUACCUGAACGGAUUCAGACCGGUCACUCCUUAG